CCAGAAGUUCAGCGCUGGCUGCUGGCAGGGUGGAAGCCUAGUCCCGCUUUUGCUAAAGAGUUGGCGGGCGCUCGGGCCGUGCAAUCACUAGUGGGAGCUGGAGAGGGCAAGUGAAAAAAGAAUCUGCAGAGCCUGAGACCCCGGGGAGGGGGAGAAACACCAGCCGCGGCUGACCCAACUUUGUGGCGUGCAGGCUGGAGGUGCAAGGGGAGCAGCAGCGGCACUGAGCGGCGUCUGCUCUCCGGCCCGGGGCCCGCGGACGAAGCGGCGGAGGCGGCCUGGCAGCCGGUCACCCAGCGGGGAUUGCGCUUGUUUUGUUUAAAGCACAAACGUGGCAAGAAGAUUUCUUGAACAUUGGGAAUUCUGCAGGCUUGCUGGCAGACUUGUCGGAGGAUCUGACAGAGGCGAAGCACAGUAAAAUAAGAAGCAAAAGAAACAGAAGAACACAGGCAAAUCAUAAUCACUACUCUCCUGCAGCAAUGGGUUGGCUGGAAGAAUCAAACUGGCAGCUUCACAUUUCCUUGAUCAUGCUACUCUCCAUGCACACCAAGGCCAGUGUUCUAGACAAACCGUAUUUGCGGAGUUCUGGACAGUUGAACUUGGAGAACAGAAAGGAAGAUGGUGAGAGUACAGCACCUGCUCCUCCCCAGAAGCCACUGCAGUGUCACUGCAAUCACCACUGUCCAGAGGACUCAGUCGACAGCACCUGCAGGACUGAUGGCUACUGUUUCACCAUGGUAGAAGAAGAUGAAUCCGGAGGACGUACAAUUGCUUCAGGAUGCCUAGGCUUAGAAGGCUCAGACUUCCAAUGCCGGGAUACACCCAUAAUACAUCACAGAAGAACUAUUGCAUGCUGCACAGAUGAAGAUUUCUGUAAUGAAAACCUUCACCCUACGCUGCCACCACUGAAAAACAGAGAUUUUGUUGAAGGAAACAUUCACCAUAAGGCCUUGCUGAUCUCAGUGACAGUUUGCAGUAUACUCCUGGUACUUAUAAUCAUAUUCUGUUACUUCAGGCAUAAAAGGCAAGAAACCAGACCUCGUUACAGCAUUGGACUUGAACAGGAUGAGACUUACAUUCCUCCAGGGGAAUCCCUGAAAGACUUGAUUGAACAGUCUCAGAGCUCAGGAAGUGGGUCUGGGCUCCCUCUGCUGGUCCAAAGGACUAUAGCAAAGCAGAUUCAGAUGGUGAAACAGAUAGGCAAAGGUCGCUAUGGAGAAGUUUGGAUGGGAAAGUGGCGUGGAGAAAAGGUAGCUGUAAAAGUGUUCUUCACCACUGAGGAGGCCAGCUGGUUCAGAGAGACAGAAAUCUAUCAGACUGUCCUGAUGAGGCAUGAAAACAUUUUGGGGUUCAUUGCUGCGGACAUUAAAGGUACAGGGUCUUGGACCCAACUGUAUCUUAUCACAGACUAUCAUGAGAAUGGCUCCCUGUAUGAUUAUCUGAAAUCCACUACCUUAGAUUCAAAAGCCAUGCUAAAAUUGACCUAUUCCUCUGUUAGUGGUUUGUGCCACUUGCACACUGAGAUCUUCAGUACUCAAGGCAAACCAGCUAUUGCCCACCGUGAUCUGAAAAGUAAGAACAUUCUAGUGAAAAAGAAUGGAACCUGCUGUAUAGCAGACCUGGGCUUGGCAGUUAAAUUUAUUAGUGAUACAAAUGAGGUGGACAUACCACCAAACACCAGGGUAGGAACAAAGCGCUAUAUGCCUCCUGAAGUGCUGGAUGAAAGCUUGAAUAGAAAUCACUUCCAGUCAUACAUCAUGGCUGAUAUGUACAGUUUUGGACUCAUCCUUUGGGAGGUAACAAGGAGAUGUGUGUCAGGAGGAAUAGUAGAAGAAUACCAGCUUCCAUACCAUGAUCUUGUGCCCACUGACCCCUCCUAUGAGGACAUGCGGGAGAUUGUGUGCAUCAAGAAGCUCCGCCCUUCAUUCCCCAAUAGAUGGAGCAGUGAUGAGUGCCUAAGACAAAUGGGAAAACUCAUGACAGAGUGCUGGGCUCACAACCCUGCUUCUCGACUGACAGCCCUGAGAGUGAAGAAAACACUUGCCAAAAUGUCAGAGUCACAGGACAUUAAACUCUGAUUCUUUGAGGAGAGGAGAGAAGGCUCAUCCACUCCCUGUCUGAAUGGGGAAAAUACCAUACCAUUUCAAGAUUCUGCAUGUUGCUUUCUGUGAAAGCCCAUUAUUUUUUGAUUGUUUAAAAGAACCUACUGCUUUAAAUUUUAUGCAAGGAAGGAACUUCUUUCAUGAAUAAAAAGAUUUGCACUCCCAAAUAGCCUUGCUGACUGAAAAAUAUUAAGAAUUCUCAGAGAGUCACUUGUUCAGAUUAGUUUAGUUUAAAUUGUUACAGAUGCUGUUUUGAUGGGAGUCUGAAGAAAUUGUGUUCUUUUUUGGGAACCAGUGCCUUAACACAACUGUUUGUUCUGUAUUUACAGGUUUUGUAACAUUCCCAAAAUAAAAUGGUUCUGUCGCCCUUCAAACAUUAUUCCAAUUUUUUUACAUAAACCUGUUUUGUAAAACAAAGGGUCUAGGCUCUGGGAGGCGGGGGGGGGGUUUCCAAUACAUUUGACUGCAGAGUUGGGGGGUGCAGGGGACCGCUGGUUGCCCCAGGACUGGCCUGGGCAGACUCACUGCAGAAAGGCCCACAGUGUGGAAGGACAUAUUUUCCAUGCCUUUCUCCAUGCAGGAGAACCAGCCAGGCCAUCAGUUACCCAGGGACAGGGUUUUGGCCAUUUUCUGUGCAGACAGCAUUUUGAGAGAGACUCCAUUUUCCUGGUCAAGUGAGGGUUCUGCCCCCUCCCUAACCUGGCACCAAGCACUGGGGAGAGGGGCCACCCCCAUUAUUGCUAGUGCUUGAGCCCCUAUAAGCUUCUGCCCCUGCCAUGAUAGUCCAGAAUCUUUUCUUUAUUGGAGUCAUUCUGGUGCACUGUGGGAUAGUGUGGCUGCAAAGCGACAGUAACACCUCAGAGUGCUUAUUGUAUUGGCAAAGAGUGGACCAAAAGAACACUUUUCCUCAUUUAUGGAGAACACUAUGCACACAAUCACACAAGCUGAACUAAAUGGGGGAUGCCCAGAGCUGUUGCAUCACUGAGCCAGCCCUGCUAGCUACUUAAACCAAUAUGGCCCCUGAAGUAUGCCAGCUACUGCUAAGUACUGCCACAGAGAGGGGCAGUUGGGGUGCUCUCUCUCUUAGGUGCGCCCUUUCAAGUCCCUGACUGCAUCCCUCCCACCCCCCGUUAAACAAUCAUUUACAAUAUAUUUCAUUCUUGCACUAUGCAUGCUGGAGGGCCCCCGAGUCAGAUAGCUCCGUCUACGUCCCCCUAAAGUUCUCGGCCCCGCCAGGCUCUAGCUUUUUUGUCCACCCUUGCAGCUCGCACAGCGGGUGGCAGAAAGCCCCCCCCAAGGUAGGCAGGACGCCGCACCCUAGUCCUGCCCCUUCGC